AGUCUGGCGAGCUGGGAAACUGGGUAUCAAAAAAAAAAAAAAUGAGAUUGCAGAAUGCAGGAAUGGAAAAAUGGUUCAAAUAAUCAUUUUCCUUUGUGCUGUCGCUUUCUCUGCAGAAAAAUUCUGAACCUCUGACACUAGUCCUUAACAUUAAAUUCCCCAAAGCCCUUUUUAUUCUCGAUUCAUGCGAUCACUUUUCCCACUCCCAUUAACCUGUAAAUAUGGUGAGAGGAGAGAGUUUAGAAAUUAGCAUCAAUCUUAAAGCAGAUGAAGAAAUCACCAAGAAAAUUGAGAGUAUCUGUUUGAUAGGAAAGAUAAUGUUACACAAACCCUUAGACAGAAAUCUUGUGGAAUCCAUUGCAAAGAAAGAAUGGAAGUGUAAAAAUGAUUUCUCAGUGUCAUGCAUUACUCACAACAUUUUCAUGUUUUCAUUCAAAAGCAAAGAAGAUUUGAAGAACGUUCUUGAGGACUCGCCUUGGACGAUUAGAGGUGGGCUUUUGGUAUUGUCAGUAUGGUGCGCCGGGAAAGUCCCAACAGAGCUUUCCUUUUCAUAUUCUGUAUUCUGGGUACAGGUGCAUGGGCUGCCUAUCAACUAUUUAUCUCAAGAAAAUGUGUCCAAGAUUGGUGAAUAUUUGGGGAUUUUUGUCUGUGCUGAUAGGACUGUGUUUGAUGGGAAAUUUUGUUGGAGAAAAUUUCUUAGAUUAAGGGUUAUUUUGGAUGUUAGAAAUCCAAUUCUAACUGGGUUUUGGCUUAGGCGCCCUGGAUUGAAAGAUAUUUGGAUCGAUUUCAAGUACGAAAAAUUGGGACAAUUUUGCUAUAAAUGUGGUAGGAUUGGGAACCAUUAUUUGAGAUGCAAGUUUUCUGCUGGAGAGGCUAAGUUUGGACCGUGGUUAAGGGCUCUUCCAUGGUAUGAACCUUUUUCUGGUGCUACAUUUCCAACAAAUCUGCAGGAGAAAAGAGGCCAACAAAAUUUUUGCACUUCUUUAAUUGCAGUUCCAAAGGCAAAUUCUUCUCUAAUUCAAUCCUCAUCAAGUUUGGGAAACUUUCCCGUGAUGGAAUCUACGACUACACUUGAAAGAGAGGAGGAAUCUGGGACAACACUUGAAAGCGAAGAUGACAAAGAUGAAGAUAUUUCAGCAAGGAACUUGUGUCGAAGGGUUAUCUUUAACAGCAUAGAUUCGACUAUCAUGCUAAUCAACUGUGCAAUCAUCUGUCUGCGCACAUCAUCUGCAAAUGCAAUAGAAGGCAACUGGGGAUUGUUUAUCAUGAUGGCUGCAUAUCUAUUCCACUUGACCCGCAAAUUGAUUCAUGUCGUUCAGAGAUCAUUGUUCCCCAAUGAGUACAAUGUUGUGAUGCCCACUUCAGUUUAUAGUUGGAUGGCCUUAAUGGAAUUCGUAAUCUUGCUCGUAUUUCUACUCAUAUGAUACGAUGGUUAUCAGAUAUGGACAUAGAAAGAAACUGAUCGUGCAUAGUAACAUGACCCUUUUGAGUUUAGGUUAAUGGGGUUUGUUUAAAAAAAUGUCUACUCUUGAUGGUGUUUGUUGGUUUUGUCGUUCUUGAAAAAUGGACAAUUCAAGCUUCUGAUUAAUGAUA